CCGAGGCCGUCCACCUCGACAUUUUUGUCAGAGUCGAGUUCCUCGGAGGACGACGACACUGGGGAUGAGCUAAUCCCCAACGAUGACUCAGCCUCGGACAUUGAUUAUGAGGCCCCAAGUGACGAUGACUUAGACUUCGUCUCACACUCGUUGGACUCGACAUUCGAUAGUGAUGAGCCUCUGUCCGCCCACGUCAAUAAAACAUGGAAUAGCAACGCUCCAGGGACCCCAGACUUUAGGUGGAGGAGGAGGGAGAAUGUACCCAGAAAAUACAGUUUUUCUGGUACACCUGGGGUCAAGGUUGACUUGGCCGAAGAUUCGAGUCCGCUUGCAGUCUACAGGGAGUUCAUCACUGACGAACUUAUUGACUUCAUAGUGGAAGAGACGAAUAGAUUUGCGGAGGCGAACGAGACCGGACGAAGACGGCGAUGGACCCCAAUCACGAGUGCCGAGCUCCAUGUUUACCUUGGGCUCCGGCUGCUGAUGGGGAUAAAUAAGAAACCUCGGCUGGCCUUUUACUGGUCGAGGAAUCCAGGGGUGGCCAUGCCAAUUUUCCCGUCGACCAUGCCUCGCGAGAGGUUUGAGCAGAUUUCCCGCAACCUCCAUUUUCAGAAUAAUGAGGGGCAACUUGAAGAGGAUGAUCGACUGUGGAAGCUGAGGGAAGUCAUUACCAUUCUUGGCGAUCGAUUUAGGAAGGUCUUCACCCCGGAUAGGCAUAUAUCGAUUGACGAGUCAUUGUGGAAAUUUAGGGGUCGCCUAAGUUUCCGCACUUACAAUCCGAGCAAGCGGGCAAGAUUUGGCAUAAAAGUUUAUAAACUUUCAGCCAGCGGGAUACACUGCCGUUUUCAAGAUAUAUACUGGCAAGGAGCAGGGGUCUCGGGACGUGGACUCCCGUAGUUCCCCUACCGGCAUGUUGGCGUUGUCCUGGAUGGAUGUAAAGCAGGUAAAUAUGCUUUCUACGGUCCACACAUCACACACGGUGGAGGUUCUGCGCCGUGGAGGUUCGAUGGUCUCCAAGCCAGAGUGCGUCGUUGCGUACAACGACGGAAUGAAAGGAGUGGACUUGGGCGACCAGCUGGCUCAGUCAUACCCUUCAGUGCGCAGGUCACUGAAGUGGUAUAAGAAGAUUUUUUUUUAUAUUUAUGACUUGGCUACUGUAAACAGCCACUCUGUUUACAAGUAUUUGGGAAACAGGUGCGAGCAAAUAGAUUUUCGCCUCGACCUCGCCAUGUCCAUUAUCAACAGUUUCCUCCCUGACAUCGAGCCCUACAGUGCAAGAGGGCGCCCGUCAACGCUGCCUUCUCCUUCCAGGUUUCAGGGCAGGACUGCACAUAUUGUGAGGGAGACGCCUGGAAGGAAAUACAGAAGAUGCUUCCUCUGCUACAGGGCCGGAAGGAGGAAGAUGACCAGAACUGUGUGUCCGGCAUGCGAGGUGUCGCUAUGCACCUACGGGUGCUUUGAAAAGUACCACUCGCAGAAACAUUUGACAUAAAUAAAACAAUAAAAUGGUGAUGGGUACAAUUCUGUUUCUUGUUCUCCUUUCUGUAAUUGAAAGAGGCAGCUAAGUCCACAUUCUGACCUCCUAUAUAACAAAACAGCAACUUUUAUAAUUCAUAAAUAAGC